AUGAAACACAGAGUUAUUCUAGUGAAUGGGAGAGUAGAAAGAAAUAUUGCAGCAAUUCAUGGAAUGGGAGACGACUUGGUUCCUCCUCUGAAGCUUGCCAGAGACCCGUCUUUGGUGAUAGAAGAUGAGGAGCCGGAGCCUAUUAACCCAGCAAAGAUGACCCGAAAGAAGGCAGAAAUUCUGGAGUAUCAGGCGCCAGAAGACGCCAAAAUGCAUAAGGAAGAAAAAAUUCCUUGGCUGCUAGAAGACAGUGAACAGAGGGCUUUUAUAGGUAGAAAAACACAAAUUAAAGUGACAGAGGACUCUAAAAGCGCGUACUAUGCAAUGAUAAAGGAAAAAAAUGAAAUAAAGCUGUACAAAAUCAGCAAGUGGUACAAGUUUUCCCCUAAAAUACAGUAUGAAACAUUGACUUUGGAAGAAGCCGAGGAAAAGAUGCAAAAAAGAUCCAAGGACACACAUGUUGAGAAAGACGCAAGCAAGCAGAAUGCAGAAGAGUAUAGAGAAGACGAGUUGGAGUAUAAAGAAGUAUUUGAUGAUGACGAUGGAGAAAUUGAUGUGGAACGGGUCGAAAAGAGAAAGAAAAAACUUGAUUCUGCAGGGAAGGAUUUGAAAAAACUUGUCAAGAGCUAUGAAGAUUAUGAAUCAGAGUCAGUGAAUGAAUCUUCAUCAGACGAGAAAAUUGAAGAUACACAGAAGGAGAUAACCGAGGUUGAUAUAAAAAUGCAUUUGUGUAGUGGCCCUAUGUCUAUUAAAAACUUAAUUGAAAAGUUUAAAAUGCGAUUUAAGGUAAAUCCAAAGUCAAAAGAAACAUUUAGACAUUUAAUAAAGAAAAUUUGCGUAAUUAAAACAGACCCGAGCACAGGAGAAAAGGUUUUAGCUCUUAAGGAAAAAGAAAAGUAA